AUGAAGUCGCUCAAGCGCCGCGGGCAGGCGUGGAUCAUCUUCAAAGAGGUGGCCGCAGCAUCCAACUCCUUGAAGUCCUUGCAGGGCUUCCCCUUCUACAACAAACCCAUGCGCAUUGCUUAUGCGAAAACAAAGUCGGACGUGGUUGCCAAGGCUGACGGCACCUACGUCGAGCGCCCCAAGAAGAUCGUGAAGCGUGAGGAUAUCCGGAAAAAGGCGACUACGACCCAUGCGCCCCCCGAGAUCAAGACCGUCUCAACCCCUGCAAAUUCCGCUCACUCUGCUGCCAGCCAGAAGAGCAUCCAGGACCGCAUUGGAUGGAACCCAAAUCAAACAGCAGCGAAGUCGGCAACCUCCUCUGGCAAGCCAGCUGAGCCAAACCGGACGUUGUUCGUGGAGAACCUACCGGCUGAGGCCACGGACACCAUGCUUUCCAUGCUCUUCCGGCAGUAUCCAGGCUUCCAGGAGGUCCGACUCAUUCCAGGACGCAAUGUGGCAUUUGCGGACUAUCAGAACGAGUAUCAAGCCGGCAUGGCUAUGCAAGGGCUCCAAGGCUUCGAGAUGACACCAGAAGUGAGGCCAGGUGUAAGGUAUUCAACGAUACCGAAGGGGCCAAGUCAAGCUGUUCAUGAAGUCUCGCAGAUCGGGUAUGCGAUAUGA